GUCAGCCACAUCAACAUGCAUAUUACGGUGACCUGCCUGCUGGCUCUGGUAGCAGCCGCUUCGUCAAUUCCGCCCGCGACGCUGUCAUAUGUUCCCAUAUCCACCAUCGAAAAAAUCCCGAACCCGAACUACGGAUUCAACUAUGCGAUAAACGACCCGUCGACGGGCGACAACAAGGCACAGUGGGAGACGCGAAACGGUGACGUCGUACGAGGAGCAUACUCCCUGGUGGAACCCGACGGCAAUGUACGAGUAGUAGAGUACACUGCCGACUCUCUGACAGGAUUCAACGCCAUCGUCAAACGAACUGGACCCAACGUACACUCUGUGUCGUUAGCAACACCCAUAGUGGCUAAACCAAUCGUUGAGACCAUUGCCCCGAUUACUCCUGUCAUUACCAAGUCUGUGGCGUGGCCAGCUGGGCCCAUUGGACACGGACCUAUUGGACCCAUCGGCCCCAUUGGGCACGGAUCUAUCGGCCCCAUUGGGCACGGAUCUAUCGGCCCCCUAGUGCCAAUCGCGCCUAUCGUUGAAGCAGCCCCCGUUGCUGAAAUCACGCCUGUUGCCGAGGUUCACCACCAGCCCAUCAUAACCCCGAUCAUCGACACUCCGCCAGUGAUCGCUCCCAUGCCUACGCUGGACAUCCUGCCGAUCUACCCGCUGCCGCCGGCCGGCCCGUGGGUGCACCUGUCCGGCACGUCGUACGGCCACAAGGGCAACAUCGUCCGCCGCUGGGCGGCCGGACCUAUCUCACUAGAUGGCAAGACGCUCACCAUCAGAACCAAGCACCAUUAA